AUGUCAUUGAAGCAGGAAAUAGAAACGUGGGUGUCGGCUCUGGGCCGAUACGACAACAACGAGUUCGAUGAGGCCCUCAAAGAUUUUGAAAGAAUCUCUGACACAUCGAAAAUUCUCUUCAACAUGGGUGUUAUCCACGCCACGUUAGGAGAGCACGAGAAAGCUGUUGAAUGCUACCAACGAGCCAUCAAGCUCGACCAGUACCUGGCUGUCGCCUACUUCCAGCAAGGCGUCUCAAAUUUUCUGCUUGGCGACUUUGAAGAGGCGUUGGCCAACUUCAACGAUACUCUCCUUUACUUACGAGGAAACACAAUGAUCGACUACGCUCAAUUGGGGCUGCUCUUCAAACUCUACUCGUGCGAGGUUCUUUUCAACAGAGGUCUCUGCUACAUCUACCUGCAACAAAAGGAUGCCGGCUUGCAGGAUCUGUCGUACGCGGUCAAGGAAAAGGUGGUGGAAGACCACAACGUCAUUGACGAGGCAAUUCGGGAAGAAGCAGAGGGGUAUACCGUCUUCUCCAUUCCCGUUGGCGUCGUUUACCGGCCGAACGAGGCAAAGGUUCGAAACCUCAAGACAAAAGACUAUCUCGGAAAGGCCCGGCUGGUAGCCGCCUCCGAUCGCGCGAAUGCAUUCACAGGCUUUGCCGGGUCCGAGAUCAAGAAUGCCGGCAAGAAUGACGUCAAGGACGACAGGCCCGCUGACAACAUCUCCUUCGCCGCCACUAACCUGGUCAAGCCUGGUCUGGCAUCAAGAAGACAACAGUCUGAGCCGCCCAACGGCCGCGGUGUCUUCCCUCCGACACCUCCGCCUGACCAGCUGGAGGCUAACAACGGCGGCACCUUAUCCCGCGGGCAAUCUGUUCGCAAUGGGCCCAAGCCGAUGCUCGCGAAGCUGAACAUCGAAAACUCUAGACCCAACGAGCGAUACCAGAAGACGAGCAGCCCGAACGAUAGGAGAGGGCCGCCGCCCGUUAUGAGGUCUGAGUCACGGUCUGCCACGCCCAGCAGAGGAUACUCCAGGCGCGACCUUCAAAUGCGUGGCCGCCCGGUUGAUGAAGAGGCGGAAGAUGCCUACCCCGAUGAGCUGUACGACAUGUACCAGGGUAGCAACGGCAACAGCACGAGAACCAGCCGACAAACCUCCCGCCGUGUGCCGCAACGGUACAUGGACGAAGAGGAUGACGGUUCUGACUAUGGCUCCUUCGAUGAGGGCGACUUCGAGAUGGUCUCCAAUAGACGCCCCGGCACAAACUCCAUGUCUUCUCGUGGCGGUUCGAGGAGACCCGAAGUCCGCAAGAUUCGCGUCAAGGUUCACGCCGAGGAUGUUCGAUACAUCAUGGUUGGUGCGGCAGUCGAGUUCCCCGACUUCGCCGACCGGAUCCGCGAGAAAUUCGGCCUUCGCCGGCGUUUCAAAAUCAAGAUCCGCGAUGAAGACGUGCCGAAUGGUGAUAUGAUUACCAUGGGUGACCAAGACGAUCUGGACAUGGCCAUUAUGAGCGUGAAGAGCCAAGCAAGAAAGGCAAGGCAGGACAUCGGCAAGAUGGAGAUCUGGGUCCAAGAGAUUAUGUAG